CAAAAUUGUUCGGAAAUUGUUCAGAAAUUGUUCAGGCGUCUAUUAUAUUUUCGCGGACAUUUAUCUGUAUUCAAAAUGAAUCUUACCAUCAUUUGCCUUUCCUUGCUACCGCUCAUUGCAUAUGCAAUGGGAACAAUUUCCACCAAUGGCUACAAGAGCUACAAGGGCAGUUCGGCAACGGCGGGGAAUUCUUUGAAGUUAACCACUGUAUCAUCGGUCAUCGGAUGCCUGACGCUGUGUGCUGGCUAUCAGCACACGUCAAGCACAGUCUGUUACGCGGCUCGAUACAACGGGGCUACAGCCGAUUGUGAAAUGAUGUCACGCAACAGCACGGGAGCAGUGCAAUGGCUGGCCGACAACCAAUGGAAGGUCUUCGUGCGCAAGUGUGAGGCGGGUUGGACCACGUUUAAAGUUUCGUGUUAUCAGCUGUUCAGCAUCAGCAAACAAUGGGACGAUGCAAAGAGUGCAUGCGAGCGGGUCAACGCUUCGCUUGUUUCGAUAACGAGUAAGGAGGAAGACGACUUCAUCAACGCAUAUAUUAAUGGAACAAGCGGUACAAUCUGGAUCGGAGCCAACGAGAGAGAUAUGGAUGGGCUUUGGAAAUGGGAGUCAGGGGAGGAAUGGGAGAGUUUUGGUGUGAACCAGCCGGAUGGCAGCGGAUAUGUCCUUGGAAUGAGUUAUAACCUAGGGUGGAUCAGCACCGACGGCCGAUAUCUACAUUUUUAUUUAUGUGAAAAGUCGAUUUUGGUAUGA